AUGUCUAUACCUUUUGCUGAACUAAAACAAAGAGCGAAUACUCCGCUUGAUCCUAAUACUGCGAACGUAGAUGCAUGGACUAAGAAAGCCGAGAGUUUGCUCAGUGGGGCACAAUUAGCUAACAAAGAGGGUGACCUUGAGAACGCGUAUGUAAAAUAUAUACAAGGUUUAAGAAUAGUCCUUGAAAUUAUACCUAAAACACCUGGGUUUUCCAAGCUGAAAAAGGAGGAUUCAUCAUAUAUUAACUACAAAGCAGUGGAACGAAUUGCCAAAGCUGCAUUGGAUAACGCAGAGUCGAUUGCACUAGCAUUAGAUGCGAGAGACAGCCGUGCGAAAAUGCCUGAACCACAAUCAGUCAUUUCGCCUCUAUCUCCAGUAUAUAUAGCAGCUAAUCAGAAUGUCGGCAGUUUUAUAACCACAAACGGCAGCGCAGGCGUUCCACUAUCGAUGCCUCAACCCAUGCCUCAACCCAUGCCUCAACCCAUGAAAUUAUCAGAACAGGAAAUGAGAAAUGCAAUGUCUGGUCUUGUGCCCAAGGCUACUAUUCUCGCAACCGAGCUUGACGGAUUUCUUAAUUCGCCAGACAAAGUGCGUGUUCUGAUUGUCGAUAUUCGGAUAAGAAGUACAUUUGCUCGAGGGCAUAUCAAAGCAAAGGAUGUUGUCUGCAUCGAACCAAUGAUUUUAAUCGAUGGUAUUUCUUCUCUCGAUUUAGAAGAAAACAGGCUUAUUCUUUCUCCUCCAGAAGAGCGCUAUAAUUUCAAAAUGCGACAUACUUAUGAUUUGCUCGUGUAUUACGACCAAGAUUCUGCCAUUCCACCAGAUGUGACACGUACCAGUUUUUCUACAAUAGGAGAAUAUCCCAAUGCGCUAAGAAAUUUCCUAUUGGCUAUAGGGACAGAUAAAAAUUUGCGCAGACCUCCUGCACUUCUUGUGGGUGGAUUUGACGCAUGGUAUCGAUUGAAGGGCGACGCCGGGGUAGUAAGUGAUGGUUCAAAUGAGAAUGAUAAACCAGUUCUUGUCAGAACAUCUAGCCAAGAUAGAACUAAACGAAAUGGCAUGGUACUACAUGACGAAAUGGUUCAUAGCCUUGCUAAUGGAUCGGUUGGCAACCCGCUUCAACGUCACGGUGCUAUUGGACGUGGACGUCUUGGUUAUAAUAAGAGCUACAUGGAUUUCUUCCAAGGAAAUCGUAGUCCACUUAUGCAAUCAAUGAUGGGUCUCAAUACACAAGUUCCUAUUGCAGGCCCAUAUGCUACAUCCAUAACUCCAUACACUGUCAGUAUUACUGCCACCACCCCUAAUACUGGCGCUACCGUAUUUAGUACAAGUCCAGUAUCUUCUUCCGGAAUAGGCCAGAUGGCAAGCGUACCGGCGCGCACUUCGAAUGAUGUUAAAUUACGAAGAAGACAGACUAUGACGAAAAUGUUUGAUCAUCCAUUCUAUGGAUUUACCGAGGUUGUUGACCCUGAAUUGGCAAUAUCGAGACCUACUCGACCGUUGCCCAAGCCACCUACGUCAUUUCAGUCGUCUUGGAUUACUCGAACCGGAUUGUCCAAUCUUGGGAAUACUUGUUAUCAGAAUGCGGUAAUACAAGUUUUCAGAUGUACUCGUCCAUUUACGAUGUAUUUCAUAGAGCGCCUCUACAAGAAGGAUAAGCGAAAGGUACGGGAAAAGAGACAAUGGAAUGCCUUUGGCAACGACAAGGAUUUAGACGAUGCGUUUGCAGAUCUGUUGAUACAAAUGCGUAGGGGAGGCGAAGCAUUUCAUCGUCCAAAGGAAUUUAGAGAGGCCAUAUCUCGGGAAGCACGUGCAUCAGGAAUGGAAGAGUACGCAACCAGCGAUCAACAAGAUGCACAACUGUUUUUGACAUGGUUUUUAUGUAGACUGGAGGCUUACCUUAAAAGAGACCCUGAUCCGAUAGAACUUGCAAAAAUCGAUGCAUUAGAGAAGAGAAGGAGUUCUUUGUCCGAAGACGAGAUAAGUAAUUUGGAAUGGAGAAAAUAUUACCAGAACAACAGAUCUAUUUUUGUUGGAAUACUUGGAUUUAUAAUGAAGAGCAGGUGUAUGCGUGCAUUUACCGAUGAAGAGAUACUGCAGGGUAGCGAUGCAUGGAAUUGCAACAAGUGUCCAGCUGAAAGACGUCUGUCCAAGAAAACAUAUGCAUUUUCAUCGAUGCCCAAUAUUUUGAUCAUACAAUUAAAAAAAUACUACUAUCGAAAGACAUUCGAAGCUGGAAGACUGAACGUAAUGGUUGACUUUCCCCUUGAGGGUUUUGAUUUGUCACCGUAUGUUAUUCCCGGAUAUUUGAAAGGCACGGGGUCUACUCGAUAUAAUCUAUACGCUGUAAUUAAUCAUGAAGGGCGAUCAGUCACUGAAGGCCAUUACACUGCAAAUGUCUAUGAUCGAGGUCGUGCAGUAUGGUACAAGUUUGACGACACUUCUGUCAGACAAUUGAGCGUUCAAGAUGUGAAAAACAUGGGAGACCUCGCAUAUAUUCUGUUUUACGUGAGAGAUCAAGUAGAAAUGACGGAAGAUGGUCAAUUCUAA